AUGGACACAAAAGUUCACGAAAUAUUUGAAAAGUUAUUACAAUUCAAUUAAAGUGAUGAAUUAUAAGCUCAAUAAGCCUAAUUAGAAGCACUAUUAAUAUAGAUAAAGGAUGGUAAUAUUAAUAUUCAAUUAGAAAUGCAAAUGCUUAUUCAAGACACUCAUUUUGGCAAAGAUUAAUAUUACCUCUAGUAAUUUGAAAGAAUAGCUGAUUCAAAGAAAAGAUUAGAUUAAGUCAAUGCCAAGAUGGUCAAAAUAUAAUAAAGAGUUGAUGCUAUAGAGAAAAGAUUCAUUAAAUUAUCCUAAUGA